CGUUUGGUAUAGUGUGAUCUCUGGUAGUUGUGAUAGCAGACUCCCUGAAUCUCAGUGCUAUAUUGUCGUCUGAUAUAGCCGCACAGUAGCUCGACUGACGGGCGGUGACCCCGCCUGAGUCCCCGCGGGCUCGCCAUGUCGCCGAUCCACUGGCGCUCGUCGGACGGUGCCGUGGAGCGGACCCUGCUGCCGGCCGAGACGGACCGCUCCGCCGGCGGGGACGGUCCGCCUGAGCCGGCCGGCCUCUGCCAGCCCGGCGCCCGCUGUCGACUGCUGGUGGAGACGGAGCCGGACUGCCCGCCGCCGGCCGGCCUGGACCUCAGCGACCCCGCGGUGACCGCCUGGCUGCCGGCCGGCGCCGCUACUAUCGGAGAGGCCGACACGGAGCUGGACCGGCUGCUGGAGCGGUGUCUGCGCUCCCUGCGGCCCGCCGACCGCUGCCGGGUGGUGCUGCGGCCGCGGACAGACCGGCUGCCCGCCGCCGCGCGCGCCGCAGGGGAGGGGGUGGUGCUGACACUGCGACUGACAGUACUGGAGGUGGAGGGCGGACGGCCGGACGCGCGGCUCUCACAGUCGGAGCGGCUGGCAGUCGCCGAGGCGUCCCGUCUCAGAGGGAACGAGCUGUUCGCGGCCGGCCGGGACGUGGACGCGCUGUACCGGUACCGGCGCGCGCUGGCGCUGCUGGUCUAUAUACUCCCCGAGGGACUGAGUGAGGCGGAGCGGGCGGCGGUCGCCAGCGCGCGGCUCGCCUGCCGCGCCAACCUGUCUGCCGUGCUGCUGCGCCGCGGCCGUCACGAGGCGGCGCGCGCGGCCGCCUCGCGGGUGCUCAUUGAGCAGCCGAACCACGUGCGGUGCCUGUACCGGCGCGGCGCGGCAAACCUGGCGCUACAGGACCACGAGGACGCCGAGCGGGACCUGCGCCGGGUGCUGGAACUGGACCCGGGCAACGCGGCCGCCGCCCGGCAGAUGGCGCUGCUCGAUAAACGGAAACGCGACGUGGACCAGCACACGGCCAACUUCAUGACAAAGUACUUCCAGCAGUAAGCCGCGCCGCCGCUGGUGUAUGGAUGGACCUUUUACCGGCGGAAGUGGCGAGGGCUAUAUGGCCAUACGUAUGCACCAUUCAGGUGGAGGUGAUGAGGCAGGGAGUGGACACUCUAAGCAGAGCCACGACAGACGACAUUGUAAGCCGCACCGUCUCCCUGUUACGUUUAGUCGCCUAUUAUGCUGCCGUUAGGUCAGCGGUCGUGAUGGGAUCAGCGAUUCUGGACUUAACCGACCUCCUCGCAUGCAUAUGACAUUUCAGAGAAGAUAGCCGGGCCUGCAGCAGAUGUAUUAGCGUACCGGGACGGCUGGGACCACUUCUGCGCCUGCCAUCUAUCGGGCAGUGUUUGAAACUACAGCGGGCGCCGGCCGGCCGCGCCGCGCGGCGCCGUUACCGGGCUAUGGAGGCGAAUGAAGUGGUGUAAAACCAGACGAAUUUUACGCUUGUAAAGCAAAAAACGAAAAAUGUACACUCACCACAGUGUUCAGCAAAGUACUGGGAACAAUAUGGAUAUAAUUUAAAGCUAGUACGAUGCGAACUGUUGGUUCCCUAGAGCAGUAUUUACCUACAUACUUGUAGGAGAUAGGACUUUAACAUUACGGGAGCUUCUAAACUGCGCUCGCAAUGUACUUGGUUGUAAAUAUUUUCGUUUAGAGGCAAAAAUCUAAAAAUGUACAGUCAGAGCGUUGUUCCCAAUGCUUCUAGGUACACAAUGAACAUAAAUUUAGCUCAAAAUGUCAUCACACAUUGGUUCCCAGUCCAGUUUAAAACGACACUUUGUGCCGCAGAGCCUAUCUCUUCCAAUGGAUGGCGGCUGGGUGGCGGUUGUAGUGGUGGACAAGACAAUUCUUGAGUGAAAUGAAAUCAUUUGCUUUCAAAGAAGAAUUUUGAAGAACUUGUAAUAAUUGACAAAUGAUCGUUAAUUACAGUGUAUAAUUUCAAGUUCAUGGCAAAUGAAAAUAUUUUAAACAAUGCUAGUGAACCCCAGUACCGCCGCGCGAGAAAGCAAGUACUCGACGCACGGUCUGCCCGCCACUUCUGAAAAUGGUCCGCGGCCGGCCGGCCGCGACCCGACACGGCGCCGUGUAGGUGCCAUCGUGGCCGGACUGGCUACCCGCAGUACCUGCUGGUGUGCGAUGAACCGGGUAUUGUUAUGGUCUGGAACGAACUGUUACGUCUGUACCCCACGGGGCCGGCUAAUUCCUCCACCUCAGCCUGUGCUGAGUGCGGGGUUUGAUGCUGCCAGCGCUCUUCCAAUACGCGUUGUUAUACAGAUAUGGGGCAUUGCUUUGUGAUAUAAUAAAGCAGUUUUGUGAUAA